GCAAACCCCUCCAUUUUCUUCGAGCUCUACGACAUCUCAUCACAGAGAGAGAGAGAGAGAGAAGAACCAGUGUUUGUUUGUUUUGUGCAUUGAGAAACAGCUCGGUCAAGAUGUUUAGGAAUCAAUACGACACUGACGUUACGACAUGGAGUCCCCAAGGGCGUCUUUUCCAAGUGGAGUAUGCAAUGGAGGCUGUGAAACAAGGUUCCGCUGCUAUUGGACUCCGAUCUAAGACGCAUGUGAUUUUGGCAUGUGUUAACAAGGCUAAUUCAGAACUGUCUUCCCAUCAGAAGAAGAUUUUCAAGGUAGAUGAUCAUAUCGGUGUCGCCAUUGCUGGACUAACCGCCGACGGACGUGUUCUAUCUCGCUAUAUGAGAUCUGAAUGUAUCAAUCAUAGUUACACUUAUGAAUCUCCUCUCCCUGUCGGACGACUUGUUGUUCAGCUCGCUGAUAAAGCCCAGGUCUGUACACAGCGGUCAUGGAAACGACCCUAUGGAGUAGGUCUGCUUGUAGCAGGCUUAGAUGAAUCUGGAGCUCAUCUCUAUUACAACUGUCCAAGUGGAAACUACUUCGAGUACGAAGCUUUCGCAAUAGGUUCACGUUCUCAAGCUGCAAAGACAUACAUGGAACGCAAAUUCGAGAACUUCAUGAAAUCCUCACGCGAUGAUCUUCUGAAAGAUGCGCUCUUUGCGAUCAGGGAAACUCUUCAAGGCGAGAAGCUUAAGAGUUCCAUUUGCACUGUUGCAAUUGUGGGGGUUGAUGAAGCAUUCCACAUAUUGGACAAUGAAACUGUCCAGAAGUUGAUUGAUGCAUUUGAGAUUGCUGAUGAAGAAGGACCGGUGGCGGUGGAAGAGGAAGAUGGUGAUGCGGUGGCAGCCGCAGCCCCGCCAGCAGCCGGAGAACCGGAGGAAGGUGUUGCUGCUCUCUGGAGGAGAUAUGAAGUGUUUUUCUGAAGUGUUCUGGUUGAGGUUUUAGAAGAAGAAAAGUAAACAUUAUUUUCAUCAGACAGACAAACAGACCAUAUAAGCAGCUUGUUUCUUUCAUCUGUGAUGUGUUCAAUUAAGGACUUAUUUUGUGCUAA